AUGACUGAAAUGACAUUCAACACGUCGAGCAAAGAUGCACAAGUGGCACUUUGCCAUGAUUGGCCUCGGGGCAAUUGUCCACACGGAGCGGCUUGCGUGCGAAGGCACCCCGAGCAGCUACGAAAGGAACUCGAGGGCACUGGCGAGAAUGGCUACAUGGUUCCACAGGACGACCGUGUCGCCUGCAAUUCCUGCCUGUCGAAGCUUCGUGCAUGCGACAAGCUCUCCCACCCCGGCGACGACAAUCCUUGUUCCGAGUGUCGCCAUUUCGCCGGGGCCAACGCUGGCCCAUGCAGACUCGUGCCCAAGAGCUACAACGACGCAGCUUGGGAGGUGAUGAUGACGGCCGCCCCGCUUCACCGGCUCCCGAAACACUCGACUGGCGCCACCGUCCCGAACAAGGUCCGCAAGCAAGGCCGUGAGUCGACUUGGGUGCCAGCAAUGCCAGCUGGAAUGGUCAAGCCUGGUUGGGAGGGCGAGACUGUGGAAGCCCUUUCGAAGAAGGGAGAUAUGUUCCCGGAUGGUGUCCGCCUUGCACCACGGGCAUAUGUGAAGGCCCCGGUGACCAACAGCCGACUGCAAAAGUCGCUUCAAUUUCACGGCCACGAAAAUGAGAAGAAGCGCAAGCUUGAGCAGCCUUCGCUUGACGUGGGUUCCGCGUUCCUGCCGCCUGCGCACUAUGGGCAUCAGCCCCUCGGAACUGCGCCUUCUUCGUUCCCGCGUCCUGCGUUUCCCUCGCCCUCGCCGUCUCAAUAUGGUGCAGCAUCGAUGGAUCCUGCGACGUGGGGUCCGAUGAGCUCAAGCACUGUGCAUUAUGCAACUGGUGAACUGGUGCACACCUUCGGCUCUGGCGUGCAAGUCUCUAUUCCAUCGCACGCGCAAGGUGCACAAAAUCCCGGCUUCGGUCCUCGCCCGGCUGGCAUGUACCAGUUUGGAUCUUCCGCUGCUCCGGCGGCACAACAAGCAGCUCCUGCACGACCUGCCCGCCGCCAGCCUGCCCGCACUCCUGGCUCGUCUGCUGGACAUCCUUCUCGGCCAGCAUUCUCCGCCGCAGAUGCGAUGCGGACAGUGGAACUGUCGCAGCAGCUGCAACAGAAGAGGGCUCGUAACGACACUGCGACGAAGCCUGAGACUGCGACUGAGACUUCAGCGGUCCCAGCGGCGCGAAUCUCAGCGGAGACAAUGGAAGUCGACGCCGUCCAAGCCGCUACCGGUACUCAGCAGGCCGACGCGCAUCAGGCUCCAGCGGUGCCAGGAUCACAAACCCGUUCGGAGAUGAUGGAUGCUGAGGGCGAGCAGGCCAGUGCAGUGGCACAACCAGAGGUGGCUGCAGCAGCAUCGGCCGCUAUGGAGUCGGAAGAUACGGCUGUCGUUGCGCAGGCACCACAAAUGGGGCUCGCGACGCACUCGAUCGAUGACGACGAGGAUGGUGAUGUUGGCUGCUUGGACGAUUGA